CUCUGUUUAGAUUAUAGAACAUUAUUUUUUUCUUGAAAAAUACAUUUUUAAUUAUUUAUUUGUCGCGACUUAUUAUAGUACCUUCAAUAUGUACGAGUAUGUAUGAUGCCUUGGGACAUCAUUUAUUCUCUAGCACUGAAUUCACAUGCGAUCCGAAUCAAUAUUCAAGCCUAACAUUUGGGACGUUACCCCUAACCUAUUGGAAUGCCCCCAGACAACACUAUACUGGUACACAAAUUAACGAAGCAGAGCGUCCGUGUGUCCGUCCGGCGCAUUGAUGAGAGCGUGAACAGAGACGUGGUGCGUGCCGCGUACCGGAGUACCGGGGCUGUGGGCUUGCUGCUCGACGCGCACUGCCGCGGGACACCACUAGUGCUGCUCGAGGCUUCCGAAAACAAGCUGUUUGAUGCAGUGCACCCCUGGCUCAUCCUGACUAACAUUGAAGAUGCUGACAACUGCACUGAUUACAUUCAACAAUCAUUUCAACAGUUAAACUUAAGUGUUGACGCUGAUAUUGCUGUGGCCUCUUACAAUGGCGGUAAAUCUUCGGACGAAAACAAAAAAAAAGAAUUUAUAAAUGGUUGUCAGUCACGUUUACUCAUGCUUAUUUAUGAAUUUAUAGGUGAUAAUUACACAUUGACAGACUUGUAUAAUUUCGGCAAAAUACAAGGAAAUAAUUUAGAGGUGAAUCAGCUUGGUAUCUGGCGACCUGAAACAGGCUUAGAUAUAAAAUUGAAAGGUUACAAAUAUUAUAACCGAUGGAAUUUCCAGAAUUUAACACUACGGGCUAUAUCUGUGAUAGUGGAUCGGCCGGAGAUGUUCUACCCGGAGAUGCUAUCAGAGAUGACGUACACGGCGGGAGUGGCCGCCAUGACGAAGAUCACAUCCCAGAUGCUCAACACCCUCAAGGAACAACACAACUUCAGAUUCAACUAUAGUAUUGCCGGUCGUUGGAUUGGUUCUCCAAAGAGGAAUUCUACCCUGGCUGUGACCAAUGCAUUGUUUUGGGAAGAGCAGGAUCUAUCCAGCACUUGUGCUAGAAUAUUCCCAAAAUGGCUGGACUGGGUUGACAUAAUCCACCCUCCUACCACCAACCUUCAGACCAAGUUCUACUACCUGAUACCGGAGACAGGUGUGGGCCAGUACGAGAACCGGUUCCUCACGCCCAUGUCCCACGGCGUGUGGGGCUGCGCAUUCAUCGCUGGCAUCGCAUGUACCUUGGUCCUCACAGGAGCAGCGUGGAUGGAGAGUAGACCCAAACCUGGGCUAUACGCCUUCUUCAGCGUGUUUGCUGCUGUUUGUCAACAAGGUUAUGAAGACGGAGUACAAUUGUUGGAAUCGUAUUCGAGUCAAGGACGCAGACUAACUCUACUGGUGAUUGGGUUGACGAGUAUGUUACUGUACAACUACUACACCAGUAGCGUGGUCUCCUGGCUCCUGAACGCUGCGGCGCCAUCCAUCGGCAACCUCGACGGACUCAUCAAUAGCGACUUCGAAUUGAUAUUUGAGGAUAUUGGUUACACAAGGGGUUGGCUUGCCAAUCCCGGAUUCUACUACUACAGCGGGUUCAACAACGCGAAAGAAGAUGAGCUGAGGGACAAGAAGGUGACAAAAGCUAAAAGAACUGUCCCAGUACUGCAAACUGUGAACACGGGUGUCGAUCUACUGCGAACUGGCAAAUACGCAUUCCACACGGAGCCGUACACGGCAGCUCAGGUGAUCUCCAAGACGUACGAGGAUGAAGAGCUGUGCAACCUUGGAGCACUGCAGAUGAUGCUGCCAGCUCACGUCUACAUCAUGGCGCAGAAGCGAAGCCCUUACAAGGAGUUCUUUGAUUGGAGUCUUCUACGUCUCCUAGAACGUGGUCACGUGAAGGCCAUACGCGCUCGCUUCGCCGGCACCAUGCCUGCCUGUUCAGGAGCCAGACCUCGAGCGCUCGCCCUCGGCCAGGCAGCUCCGGCCUUCCUGAUGCUGCUCCUCUGUGUCCUGCUGUCCUGGAUCAUACUGGCAUUCGAAGUACUCUGGUCAAGAGUCCAGCUGAAAAAGUGCGGUCCGUGAACGUCAAACAAAAAGUGACGUCACUAGUGAUUGGGCUAUGAUCACAGCACAUCAGGACACCUACUAACAUAGGACGAUCAAAAAAAACAAUUGAGGGAAGACGUUUAACGGGGCGUUAGGGAGAGCCACGUGGAAAGAUUAAGACACUAAUACAAAGCAGCUCUGAUAGAUGGCAUAAAUAAAUGUAGUUUAAAUUCACAAUGUGAUUAAGCCCAAUUAAUAAAUAUAUUAUCUUGCUUAUGUGUUGUGUUU